AUGCCUGGAAAAUGCAAAUUCCAAGAUGCUUGGCUGAGUGACCCGCAGUAUAAUAAGUGGAUAGAACGCGGGAGUUCUUCGUCAGAGGCAAAAUGUAAAGCAUGCAAAAAGACAUUCGCUGUUCAAAAUAUGGGAGAAGCAGCAGUGAAAAGCCACAUGAAAUCGAAGAAGCACGUCGAUGCUGUUAAAGACGAGAGUAGCAAUGCCAGCCUCAGAAACUUUUUACCUGCUGUUGGAAGCCAGCGUGGUUCUCAUGAAGUAGGACGCUCUGAACAGCCAUGUUCUUCCGGUGCCGGUGAUAUAAGAAAUUAUGUGGCUUCAAAUGAGACACUUGCUGCAGAAGUUUUGUGGGCACUGAAAGUAAUCUUGUCUCACUAUAGUUACAAGAGCUGUGAGGACAUUCCAGAACUAUUUAAACGUAUGUUUCCGGACAGCCAGAUAGCCAGCAAGUUUUCCUGUGGCGAGAAAAAAUGUGCUUACUUAGCUUGUUUUGGCAUAGCACCCUAUUUCCAACGUAAGCUUACGGAUGAAGUCACAAAACUUGAAUUGUUUGUUUUACUUUUUGAUGAAUCGCACAAUAAAGUUACCCAAACCAAGCAGAUGGAUCUGCAUGUUAGGUUUUGGGAUGCAAAGAACUCCAGAGUGCAGACAAGGUACCUAACCUCUGUAUUUCUGGGACAUGCUACAGCCCACGACCUUUUGGAAAAGAUCGUUAGCUACCUUGAUAGUAUCAAGAUUCAGAAGUCCAACAUAUUGCAGUUGUCAAUGGACGGGCCUAACGUGAAUUGGAAACUGCAUGAGCUAUUCCAGGAACUGAUCUAUGAGGUUGACGAAAACGCACCCAUCUUAGUUAACGUAGGCUCUUGUGGACUUCACAUUGUACACAAUGCUUUCAAAGCUGGAUCAAAGGCAUCUACUUGGAGCAUUCAGGAAGUUCUGUCUUCUCUUCAUUGGUUAUUUGUGGAUUCACCAGCACGAAGAGAGGAUUACACAGAAAUAACCAGCAGUGUUGUAUUUCCAAUUAAGUACUGCAAGCACAGAUGGCUGGAGAACCUGCCAGUUGUAGUACGGGCCCAGGAAAUAUGGAAAGAAGUCACUUUGUAUGUGACAACGGUGCAACGUAGCAGCAAAUAUAGUGUGCCAACUUCAAAGUCCUACAAGACGAUAAGAGAUUCAACCCAAGAUCCACUAAUGCCUCUCAAAUUUGCUGCUUUUGAGUCAGUGGCUAAACAGCUGCAACCAUUUCUGGUACAGUUCUAA